GACGAUAAUCUUUCCUCAACGACUUCAUUUUUGUUAUUUGAACUCCCGAGAAGCCGGCAAUUGUAGCGGCUGCGACUAUAUAGCUGUGUGUUUUUGCAGUUGAGUGGCUUCGUUUGUGCAGUUGUGAAGUAGCGAGAAAGUCAGUAGCCCGAGGGCGAGCAGUAACGUAGCUAGUUUGUAGUGUCGUCUCUUCCAAGAAAGUGUAGGCUGCAGUCAGGUAGCGAGAGAGAGUCGGUAGUCGGAGAGAGUGGUCAGAACUGACGGCCGCUAGCUCCUCCAGCCAUGGCCUCCCCUCGCCCCUCGCCUCACGGCAAAAAAUUUCCGCCCACAGAAUUACUUCAUAUGAUGUUCACCAGAAACAAUGUCCAGAGAGCUGUCAGGAACGUGAGGAGGACUGUUCGUCUGGGGGUCUAUUUGGGUGUCCCUGUGAGGAGACAGAUGGAAAUUGAGAGACAGUUCAGAGGAGAUAAGGGACGACGGGUGGAGAAAUAUGUCACCUACUUCAUGGACCACGACCCACUAGCCUCCUGGAGACGAGUUAUUGUUGUUCUUGAUCUGAUUGGAGAGAAAGAGGCUGCAGAUAAGAUACGACAUCUGGCGGAGUCUGUCACAGACCCCACACUCACUAUCAACAACCUCCGUCACGUCACCUCUUCAGUCCAGGACUGGUAUGAUCUGGGGGACUAUACUAUGGUCUUGGUGUUCCUCGUCGUGUGCUGAAUGAGAUCAGGAAGGAUGCUGCCCUGACAGAGGAGGAGAAGAAAACAAAGGUCCUACUCUACUUCCUCCACAAUGUCCCCGAUGGCCUCCUGGGAGAGAGUUGCAGGAGCACUGUACGGCAGGAAGGAGGAGAGGGCAUUACAGGCAGUGAAGGAGUUCCUGCGAGUCUCACCAGAGGCCAGUCUCACUCCAGAGAACCUCUCCACAGUUCUAGACAUCAUGAGUGACGGUCUGUGGAGGAGGUUUGGUGGAUAUGCCAACAUACCAGACUCUGAGUUGGGCAGGAUCGAGGCACAGUGUACCAGUGACAGAGAGUGCAAACAGGCCCUCAUUCACUCCUUCAUCUCCUCACAUCCAGCACCAUCCUGGACUCUUGUGGCAUGGGCUCUCUACAUGACUGAGUGGAGGAGGGUGACGGCAGUAGUCUCAGAGCAUUGGAUCACCUGCAGCAGCUGUUCCCCACUGGAAGAUUCCGCUCCAAACAGAUCUACGAGCAGGAGAUGAAACGAGGCCACAUUGAGCUGGACUUGGACAAAAUGCUGCUGUUUGGCACGGCUGGCAGUGGCAAGACGUGCUCCCUCGCUGCACUGCUCGGAGUGGACCCUCCCACCAUCCGACACAGCACUCCUUUGAUGAAAAGACCCAUCGAGGUCGUGUUCGUGGACGUCGACGGCAAAAAACAGUGGAAGAAACGAACAUUAGACCAACUGCCAGACGCCAUCGCUGAAGUAAUCAAGUCGCGAAUGCCACGGCAACAGUCAGUGGCACAGAGCAGUGGUGCCCCAGCCUCCCCCGACCAGCAGCCUCCCCACACCGCAACCAGCCAGUCAGCUCAACCAACUCCAGAAAAAACGAGUAGUUCCACGUCUGAAGCAGCCGGGAAGAGCACAGCAUCCUCGGAGGAGAAGCCCAUGGCCAAGGAAACAGAAGGGAGGCUGGAUUCCAUGCUGCUUUCGAGUUCGGUGGAUGAGGGGUUUGUACAUCUCAUCAACAGUGCUCCUCCCUCCCUGCUGCCCAUCCUGCGACUGAAGCAGUUCCUCGUACUGGACUCUGGCGGCCAGCCCGAGCUUCUGGAGAUGAUGCCCGUCUUCCUGAGGGGUGCAUCCAAAUUCGUCUACGUCUUGAAGCUCCACGAGUCUCUAGACAAGCGAGCGACGAUCCGUUACUUCAAAGACGGCAAGCUGGUGUGGGAGUUCCCAGCCUACCUGACCAACGAAGGGACCCUGAGACUGUGCGUGCGGACCAUGAGGUCCCUGAACAACAAGAACCCCGACAUCCCUCCCGCCAAAAUGAUGUUUCUAGCCACCCACCGAGACAUGGUGGCAGACGAGCAUCUGCCCGGAGUGCUGGACACUCUGCACAAGAGGCUGAAGGAGAUCCUCUUGCCUCAGUUCAGGGAGCAGCUCAUCUACUGCGAUACGAAACGGGACGACUUUGUCUUCACACUGAAUGCGGCAAAGCCGGAGAAGGAGGACAGGGAGUGUGCUGAGAGCAUUCGGGAGUGUCUUAGCGAGGUGGGGGAAGGGGGAAGGGAGGUGAAAGUGCCGUUGCGAUGGUACGCUCUGUACCAGAAGCUGCUGGAGGUGGCAAAUGAACGGGGGAAGAAGGUGCUGCCUCGAGAGCUGUGCCAGCAGGUGGCAGAGUCGAUGGAGAUCGAUGACGAGUCGUGUGGGGAAGCCCUGAACUUCUUUGACGGUCUGAACAUGCUGUUCUACUUCCCCGACAUCCUGCCCCAGCUGGUGUUCAUGGAGCCCACAGAUGUUGCUGGAUAAGGUCUCAGAGCUGGUAGAGGAGACCUACCACAUGAGGCAGGGAAAGAAAGGUGUGCUGGGGAAGAGGCUGAGGUUCCGUGACCACGGCGAAGUGACGGAAAAGUUUCUGGGCGAGUUCGAGAGCCACUACGAGCCACCUCUGUUCACACCCAAGGAGCUGGUGACCCUGCUAAAGGGGUUGCUUGUGUUUGCGGAGAUGUCGGAGGACGUGUACUUCAUGCCGUGUCUGCUGCAAGUGGUGGCGUGGAAGGUGGUGGAGGAACACCGAGUGAGUGGCGGGAAAGCCCUGGCUCUUCACUUCCCCGACAGCGGUCCCCUGAUGGGAACGUUCUGCUCCACUAUAGCUUUCCUCCUGUCCCCCGAAAACAGUCAUCCCUGCCCCUGGAAAGUGGCUCAGAAGAAGGAAGGAGCUCCGAAAUGCCUCCAUCGCAACGUCAUCAAGUUCACCGUUUCAGACUACGCAGGCACCGUGUCACUCAUCGAUCACUUCACCCACUUUGAACUCCACCUAUGCACCCACCCCAAGAAGGCAGCUCAGCUGUGGAAACUGGCACAUGACGCAGUGUUUGCAGGUCUCAAGAAAGCAGGGAAGACCAUCGGCUACACAAACAACACUCCAGUCCCAGCCAUCGUAUGCCCCGCCCACCCCCGCCCAGCCAAACCCCACCCCGCCACUGUUGACAAGGACAGAGUGUGGACAUGCUCAAUCGACUCUGAAAAGUAUGGAGACAUUGACGAGGACUCUAUUCCAUGGCUGACCCUCUGCAUGUCUACUUCUGCUGAGUCAGCCACACCCUCUCUCUCCUCUUCAUCUUCUGUAGUUCCCCCCACCUCCCAGCCUCCCCUCUCUGUCUCCACAGCUCCUGCCUCCUCUACCACUGCCACCAGUACUACCAACACUCCUGUUCUCUCUACUUCUCCUGCUACAGUGUCCACGGCUCCUCAUCCUGUCUCCUCCAGUCCUGUCAUCGAGUGUUCCUCCACCUCCUCCACUACUGCCACAGCUACUCCUGUCUCCCCCGCUGCUAGCAUCACUCUUGUUCCCCCCACCUCCCAUCCUCCACUCUCUGUCUCCACAGCUCCUGCCUCCUCUACCACUGUCACCACUACUACCAACACUCCUGUGUCAGAGUGUUUCAUAGUCUCCUCCACUACUGCCUCUGUUCCCUCUCCCUCCCUGUCCUCUCCUCCUGUCUCCUCUACCACUACCAACACUACUACCAACACUCCUGCAAUUCAUGAGAAGAAGAAAAAAGACGAUGAGAUCAGUGAUCGGGACCUUGCAGUAAUUGCCAGGGACCACCUCACCGAUUGGGAGAACCUCCAGCCAUUCCUGGGACUCAACAGAGCUCAGAAGAAGGAGAUCGCCAAAUCGUACCCGGGGGACUACGGGAAACAGAAGAGGGAGUGUCUGGAGGUGUGGAAGGAGAAGAUGGGAAGAGAGGCCACGUACCGAGCCCUCAUCUCGGCCGCAGAGGAGGCGAAGGACCAGGAGUUGGCGGACAACAUCAGAGACAUGUUAGAGAAGACGUGA